AUGCCCGGGUUUUUCUCAGAUGUAUGUGGUAAAGAUUCUAAUCUCUAAAUUUCUGUAGAAACAUUUCCUUUUUUGGACUCUGAAGAAUUCACAGAAAUUAGGUCAGACUAGAGAUAGAAAACCUGCUUCACCGAACAAAAAAUGAACUCAGAACCUUUUUUCUUCAAACGUGCUCUACCGAACAAAAUUUUGCUUUGAGCUCAAUUCUUUGUUCGGUAGAGCAGGUUUGCAAUUUCGACAUGAUCCUUGCUCAAAUUUCUCACAAGGGAACUGUUUCCACUUUCACUCUAGAUUUUUAAUAAAAUAUAUGUUUUCUGGUAGUUUUCGACACACUGAUUACGAACCCGCGGUCUGAAAUUGCAGAACUCAACUCCUAACAUGAGUUAUGACGUGUCAAAGUUCGGUCAAAACUCGCUUUCAAAACGGUUUUCAUGAAAAUAUGAUGGAACAUGAGGCUCGAUUACAUUAUUAUUUUCAUGAAAAUUAUUUUGAAGGCGAUUUCUUACCCGAUUUUUUGAACUUUGACACGUCAUAACUCAUGUUAGGAGUUGAGUUCUGCAAUUUUAGACAACGGAAUAGUGAUCAGCGUGUCGAAAACUACUAGAAAACAUAUACUUUAUUAAAAAUCUAUAGUGAAAGUUUUAACUAUGUUUAUUUUUAGUUUCAUUAUUAUUAUCAUGAGUUGUAUAUUUAUCAAAGGCGUAAAUUUUAUAUUCUGUUUUCUUUUUUUUUCUCCUGAUUUUCAAUCCAAACUUUUCAGAUACCAACCGGUUCGGAAGAUCUCAACAAUAUUCAUUAAAUUCUCAGAAACGCGGUGCAAACGAAAUUAUGGACGAAGAUUGGUCGCAUAAUGAAGUUCUUCAAAAAGAUUGUCUGAUUUCUGCAGCAGCCGAUAUUUCUGAAAACAAUGAUAUUGCAUUGAAUGUGAGUGUUUGGCUUGAAAAUUUCAGAAAAAUUCAAAUUUUCCAGCUCUCCGCUUUUGAUCCAAAUGACGAUAUUUUCGAUGAUAUUUUCACAAGAAUAAAGAUGGAACCAUCAGACGAAACUUCUGGUGAGUAUUUUUAUUUUUUUCCUCAAAAUCAAACCGAUCCCUGAUGUACUUUGCCUCUCGAAAUAUAUAAUUUUUUUACGAUUUCCUCGAGAAACUGAUAAAAACCAACAUUGUAAACAUGUCUAAUUUGUAGUGGGAUGGCUCUUUUAAAAAUAAAAAUCAAUGAGCACGUUGCUAGAGUUUGCAAAGAUCAACGAUUGAUUGCGUGUAUGUAGUUUAAUCACAGUUAAUUUAUUAUCAAACAUAAUUAUGUUAUCUAUGAAUCCGGACAUUACUUUGUUGCUUUUUGUUGUCAGAAAAAUAAUUUUCUGCGGAAAAAAUUCAAAAUCUCGAGUUCUUGAUAAUAUAUCUAACAUCAAUAACAACUCUCAAAAUAUAUGGACUUAUUAUCAGUUUGAGAUAGUUUUUUAUAGCUUUUAGUGGAAAAAGUGUAAAUUUUUUGGAGGAAAAAAGAUUGUUCUGAUGGAUGCUAUCAAAAAUUACACUGUUUUCGAUAUGAAAACGAAAAAAAUAUGUUUCCAUAACUCUUUUUCAAAAAAAAGUGUGUACGAAAUUUUUUUAACUUGAAAACACUUCAAAUCUUGAUGAAAUUUUGUCCAUAGACAGCUUUUGGGGUCAAAAGAACACCCUAAAAUUUUUUGGACCUCUGAGCCAAGUUCUGAGCUCUCAAAAACUCAAAAAUUGUCAAAAUUGGCUCAUAAAAGUUAGUAUAACUCAAAUUUCGAUGAUUUUUAUGAAAAACUGAGUAGCAGAACCAAAAAAGCAUAAAUAAAUUACAUUUUCAGAAAACUUUUUGAUUUUGGAAAAAAGAAUGAGCAGGGAAUUUUGAAGUUUUUUAUUUUUGGACUCAUUCUUUUUUUCCAAAAUCAAAAAUUUUCUGAAAAUGUAAUUUAUUCAUGCUUUUUGGGUUGAUCAUCAUCUGCUACUCAGUUUUUCAUAAAAAUCAUCGAAAUUUGAGUUAUACUAACUUUUAUGAGCCAGUUUUGGCAAUUUUUGACCUUUUGAGAGCCCAGAACUUGUCUCAGAGGUCCAGAAAAUUUUAGGGUGUUCUUUUGACCCCAAAAGCUAUUGAGUAAAAAAGGCUUGUUCAUAAGAUCAACCCCAACUUGUAAUUCAUCUGAUAAUACAUAAAUUAUCUCAAUAUUUUCCCUCCAAUUCCGCAUGUUUUCGUGAUAAUAUGCAAAACUAAUGAAAUUGAAACAAAAAGUAAACUUUCAAUGAUGAUAAAAGUUGCCAUCAUAUUCAUUCUGUCUUUGCUUUUGCCUGCUGCAUCGACGCCCUUUCGCUGCUCUCAUUUUUAUCAGAAUGUAUGUGUGUGCAUACACUUCUUUCUCAUAGCCAUAUUAUUAUGAUUUUGAAAUUAUUUUUUUUUGGGAAAAAAAAUCGAACAAAGUCUUUUUUUCCCAUUCCCAUUAUUGUUCAUUUGUACUUUUUUAUUUGCGUUUGCUUUUUCCACUGGUAACAAUUUUUUUAUUUCGAAUUUUGAGCAGUUUCACCCUGGUAAAAUGAUGGACACUUGUUCUUGGGAACCGUGUACACCGCCAGAGGAAAAACCACAAAUCGCUUUUCCUCCGCUCGCCGGGAUUUUUCAAGUGGCGGGACUUCAGCAAAAUUUGAAUUUGCAUCAGAGAAAUAGUGAUAGCUUUUCGGAAGGUUGGUUUGGAAUUGAAAAAAAAUGGUGCAUUUUUGACCAAAAAAGUUUUUGAUCAGUUUGUUUUGGCCAAAUUUGGGUCAAUUUUCGACGGCCAGUGUGGAUUAAUUCUGAAUUUUUGUCUAACUUCAAAACGUUUUUAAGAUCUGUAAAUUUUUCAACAAAAAAAUUGCGACAUACCCAAAAUAACCUUUGUUUCGGAAAUGUUAAUCAGCUUACUUUGGGUUUCAAUUUUUUGAAUAAUGUUAAAAAUUUUUGUUUUUAUCUAACUACACUGAAGUAUUCACUGAAUAUGGUAUUUUCCGAUGAAAAACCCAAUUUUUUUUUUUCAAAAGAUCAGCUGUCUGUUGUUCCUAAAGUGCAAUUUUUGAUAAUAAGUUCAAUAGGUUUCAGGGCUUCUAAAUUUAAUUUUUGAAAUCGGAAAUCAUCAAUUUUCAAGACGAAAAUUCAUAAUGAAAAUAACCUUUCUGCGAAAAAAGUAGUUUGCCAAUAAUUCUUUUCCCGGAACACUGCUAAUUUUUCAUUGUUUCUUAUCUCCUUCUUUUUCAUUCAUGUUUGACGACUUUUGUUCUGUACAGAAUAAUAAUAAUUAUAUGAUAUGAUGAUUUGUUGAAAGAUGAAAUUCCCGAGAAAAAAAUAAUCAGUUCGAAAAAUGAUACAAAUUUUGAUGAUUUAUGAUUAUCGAAAACUAAAAUAGUGAUUAAGUUAAUUAGUAAAGUGUAGUUAGAAAAGAUUAGCCACACCCAAGGUGGAAAAAAUUGCGGCCGAAACUGAACGGUUAUGUAGAAAGGUGCUAAAAAUAUUCGGGAAGGGCUUCACGGGAAUAAAAUUUCCAAAGGUUGUUCUUACAACUCUGCAUAGUUACCCAAAAAAUCAAUACCCAGGUUACCAUAUAAAAAAUACUAUUGAAAUAUUGUUACUCCGAAAUUUUUCGACCAUUGGAAGAGGUGGCCUAGAAAACCAAAUAUGGCAUAUUUCGUUAUUAUCGAAAAUCUCAUCGGUACCACGCGCUCCACCGAAAUAAACACGCAACGCAGACCGCGCUGCGCCACAACACACACAAAUGAGGGAACGAUUCAAAUUCCCUCCCUUUUUUGUGUGUGUUGUGGCGCGACGCGGUCUGCGUUGCGUGUUCAUUUCGGUGCAGCGCGUGGUACCGAUGAGAUUUUCGAUAAUACAAUAGAUCAAAGAAGCCGACAAACUCUACUGUAGUGGUGAAUUUUUGAAUUGUUUUUUUCCCGGCACAUAGUCACAUUUUUCUCCCCAAAAUGACGAAUAGUGUUUGCCUAACAAUUAAAACUAUUAUUAUCAAUGUUUUAUUUUCAAAAACGAAUGAAAUCAUCAUUUUCGAUGAUUUUCCCUCAAUCUCACCAUUUUCCAACGAAAUUUCAUGUUUUGAACUUUGCACUCUCUCCUAUUUCUAUUUUCAAUCAAAUAUAGAUCAUUGACGUAAUAAAAAGGCGAGAGCAACACAAUUUAUGACCCAUUUAUUAUUUAUCAGUGACAGAUGAAUGGAAACAUUUACAAGAAGAAAAGAAAAUUUGUAUAACAAUAUAAUAACACACAAAAUUUUGUUGAUAGCAAAAGAAAAAAGAAAUAUAAUAAUAAUAAUAGUUGGUGUUGAUGUUGGAAAUAUUUUUUUAUUGGAUUGUUUUUGGAGAAAAAAUGUUUGAAACUGAAGGAGAAGAUAGGAAAAAGUCGGAAAAUGUUUUUUUUUUGAAUAAGACCUGCCCAAACAAAAGUUUUCCCGCCAAAAAAUCCCCACUUUUAUCGAAAAUCUUAUCGGUACCACGCGCUCCGCCGAAAUAAACACGCAACGCAGACCGCGUCGCGCCACAACACACACACAAAUAAGGGAACGAUUCAAAUUCCCUCCCUUUUUUGUUUGUGUUGUGGCACGGCGCGGUCUGCGUUGCGUGCGCGUGGUACCGAUGGGAUUUUCGAUAAUAUUCCCCAAAAACCCCACAAAAACCCGAAUUUUUUCUUCAGAUUACCACGGAUCAUCAUCUGGAAGUCCAUCCUCAUCACUCUCAUCUCCAAACAAUCUCAAAGAUGAACCUCUUGGACUGGAUGUCAACUUUUGUGUGCCUUUUACUAACACUAACUUUAGUCCGGCACCAGGAAGUUCGCAGUGAGUUUGAAAAACAACAAAAAAAUAAACAAAAAUAAAUAAAUUAUUUUAAAAAACGUGGCGUGGCCUAGUGACCUAGUUUGCCACGUGGAAACGUGGCAUCCUCAUUUUUUGUGUUUUUUUGAAAUUGAGACAAGCUCAUUUCGUAUUUAUCGAUUUUUUGCGACAAUUUCAUAUUUUCUCGUAUCGUACCAAUUCUAAACUCAUGUUUUUUACAACAAAUGAAGAAAGGUUGGGAAGAUUUUCAAAAGUUUUCCAAUAAUACUAAUAAUUGUGUUGUUUUUGCAGUAGUCCUGGAUUUGGAAUGAUGAACGGAGGAGGACAACACUCUCCAUUGCCGCCGGUUGGGCAUUUCUCGCAUCAUAUGCAUCCGCAACAGGUUGGUGAUGCAAACACCGUGACGCAAUGCUGCACAGAAAUGCGCAGAUUUGCUAUUCUGCAGAGUUUGCUCGAAAAUUCGAAUUUUCGGGGAUUUUUUAGCCCUGGGCCUGUUUUGGAGGCUUCUGCAGAAAGCGCGGGAUUUUAGCUUGCAAGGAAAGUGUUGAACUUUUGAUGAAACCAUGCUGAUCCGAAGUCAAAGAUUGCCACAAAUGCCUGUGAGCACUUGUCUGGAGCUCCAAAGUUAGUUCGUCUAUUUUAACCAUGUUUCUGGGUGGAAAAUCAAUUCUUAUAACUUGGAUAAGGUUGUUCACCUUUUCAGUUUUUCAAAAAAUAUGAAAAACCAUCUGAAAACUGCAAUUUUUAAGAAAAUUCUGAAAAUACACACAAACACACAUUUUUCAAAGUUUUCAGCUGGUUUUUCAUAUAUUUUGAAAAACUAAAAAAGGUGAUAGGUUUUCGAAUGUGGUGAACAACCUUAUCCAAGUUAUAAAAAUUGAUUUUCCACUCAGGAACAAGGUGAAAAUGGGCGAACUAACUUUGGAGCUCCAGACAAGUGCUCACAGGCAUUUGUGGCAAUUUUUGACUUCGGAUUCGUGAUCAGCAUGGGCGAUUUGGUAUGUUUCAUCAUAAGUUCAACACCUGACCCUUCCCUUGUUGAUAAAACCUGAAUUUUCUCUCAUAAAAGCUAAAUUUAGCUGAUUUUUCGCCUUAAAACUCAUUCCGCUAGAAAUUCUCGAAUUUGUUUCGAUGUUCAAGAACAUUGAAGUUUUAAUAUUCGGCACUUUUGUUUUUGCCAAAUUUUUCUCGCCUAGAAACAAAUAAAGAAAUCGUAAAAUUCAUCGAAUCAUUGUUUUCAAUUCACCAAUAAUUCGAUAAAGAAAUGUUCUAUUUUUCUCAAUUCUCACCGCAUUUUAACAUUUACCAGGUGCAAGAUUCUCCCAUUUUCCUUCAAACAAUGAGAUUUUUCAGGUACAAUUGCCGCCGAUUUUGAAUCAUCAUUCCGCUCAAAACCUACACCAACAACUACAUCCACAACAUUAUGGAUUGAAUCAGAAUCAGAUUUUCAAAGAUUCAAUGUUCUAUGAAGGAAUUGGUGAGUUUGCGUGAAGAAUCUCAUCACAAAAAUCAUCUCUGAAUCAAGUAUUGAUCUACAAAGUCCCUUGAAUUUUCACUAUAAAACGCCAAAAAGCUGUCAAACACUAUCUAAAUACUUUUCUUUUUGGUUGACUAAAUUUGCCACAUUUGCUUUCUUUCUAUCUCCUUUUUGCCCUUGUGACGUGGCAUUUUCGUUUUGUGUGUGUCUGUGAGCGUUUAUGUGUUGUCUGCCGUCUCCACGUUUCACAUUCUCUCUCACACAAUCCACGUCUUUGGUUGUCGGCCGCAUCUCACUCAAAAACACUCACUAAAAAUAUGUUUUAUAUUUUUUUUUCAUUAUUUUGUCUCGAACUUAGUUUCAUAGUAGCUUAUAUGUUCGUAUUUCGUAGGUAAUGAGUACACCGUGUACAGCAAAUGUAAUUGUGAAAGAGGAACUUCUUGAUGAAGGUUUUGGUAAUAUUUCGUCGACUUCGCGUGAACAAACACCUGAGGAUGGGGAAAAUGGAUCGAUGGAAGAUGAAGAAGUUGAAGAAGCGAUUAUACUAGGUUCAGAGAUGAUUUUAAAUAGAAAAACUAGAGAUUUACCCGAAUUUUCCCCCAAAGUAAAGUUUUUUCAAUGUUCAAUAUUUCUAGGUGGAAUGGGUUUGGCUGUUGCUCAACAACAAUUGAAAUCGAGAAAUAAAAUGCAUGAGAUGGCUGUGAAACAACGAUUGAUUAGUGAUCAGGUCAGUUGAUAGAAAAAAUUUGGAUUUGAAUUAUUUUCCAACAAAAAAAUAAAUCUUGAACUUCCCUAACCGAUUUCAUCGCAGUUUCAGGGAAUACAAGGAAACGGCGAAGUACAGCUGUCAUCAGAAGAGCGGAGAACAUUGAUUCAGGAAGGAUAUGCGAUUCCAAGUCGAUUGCCAUUGACGAAAAAUGAAGAGGAGGCGCUGAAAAUUGUGCGAAGAAAAAUCAAGAACAAAUUGUCGGCUCAAGAAUCUAGACGGAAGCGGAAGGAAUAUCUAGAUGCGCUGGAGAUUCGAGUGCAAGGAUGUGUUCAAGAAAAUAAUAUUUUGAGAAGUGAGUUUACUAUAACAAUACAAUUCAUUUCGAAUUUUUUACCAUUUUUUUCAGAUCGAAUUCGCCAACUUGAAGCAGCAAAUCGAGAUUUAACUAUGCAAGUUCAACAAUAUGAAGAACAAUUAGGAAAAUCGGCAAAUUCUUCAUAA